UUUAAAAAUCUUUCUUUUCUUUCUUUUUUCUCGCCAAGAAAGAUUCGGGUACAUGGCCGAUAGAAGGUGGAACUCUUCUGUGGCGUCAGUGACAUUUGAUUGAUGGGUUAGGUCCCUCCUCCAACAAGAUCGCUUACUCCGGCCUCAUUAACUGGCUAAUAGAUUUAUAUCAACGACGACUUAGUGGCUUUAAUUUCUCUCGUUACCAAUGUCGAUAUGAGAGCGUGGCUGUAAGUGCUUAGACAAAUCAUUUGCUACUUAAUUGAACGAGGACCGUCUGCCAAUAACAGAGAGGCUUUACAUUUGAAGAAAAAAUUGCUUCGUCUUGAAAACAAUACGUCCUCGCAUACUUAAUCCGAUAUUCUCGUGAUGCAACUUUAAUAGCUAUAAACUUUCAAACAGAAAGACUUACUGAUAUUCCUCUCUUUUUUACCAUUCUUUACUUUCACUUUGGGAAUUACUUUGAAAUUAACUUCGAUUUCUGUCGAAGAAACUCCAGCCGCCGUGGAAGCGAUCAAAGGACGACAUGGAAUGUAGGCUUAAUCCACGACCUGGAGCCUUCUUAUCCUCGUGUCACCCCCGGGAUGUGCAUUUCAUCACCACUCCACGCACCUGGCACCCUCAUAUCUAUGAUCCGCCCCCGAAGCAGCCAACGCCUUUCUUGAUUUCACAUAUUCUGGGAUUAUCUGAGCAAUGCAAAAACAAUGAAGCCCGAAAAAUUCAUAAAGACAGCGACAAUUCUCCCAGCAGUCGAGAGGAAACCCUAAGGAGCAGCAAUUACACGACAGGGGACGACUACAAGGACGAUUGCAAGUGUGGUGGGUGUCUGAACGGACUGAAAGAAAACGACAAUCAAUUGAAGAGCGGUUCUCCUGUAACAAACACCAAUAAAUCUGUCGAGGGCGAGAAACGGAAGAAAACGGAUGACGGCGACUCUCCUGAUCAGCCGACAAAGAAGAAAAAGGCGCGAACAACUUUUACUGGGCGCCAAAUAUUCGAAUUAGAAAAGCAAUUUGAACAGAAAAAGUAUUUGUCGUCGGCAGAGCGGGCUGAAAUGGCAACAUUGCUUAAUGUCACAGAAACGCAGGUGAAGAUAUGGUUCCAGAAUCGUCGGACGAAAUGGAAAAAACAGGAAAACAUUUCCAAUGCCGAAGCAGCAGAACACAAACUCAGUGUAGAGAAAGGCGCUUUUGUGCAGAAGAGUAAACACAUGGACGACAAAGCGCUCAGCUCACCCUGCUCCAUCGUCAUCAAACGCGAAGAUAGCCAUUCCUCUCAAUCUUCAGAUGACAAACCCCCAGAAAUAUAUAUGUGUUGUAACAAUAUCAAAGUUGAAAAUUCAGUUGAAAAUGACAUACAAGUUGAAAAUGAAUUACCAGAAAUAAGAAAUGACAUCGAUAAGAGUGAAUCUAGCCCGGACAUUUGUAGUGAUAUGGGAAGAGACGGUGACCGAGAGGAGGGUGACCGACCGGCGGUGUAGUCACCCGUGUCUCAAAGUUUUCCAUUCACCCAUUUACCUGUAUACAUCAUUCACCUGUCUUCAUCAUUUACCUGUCUUCAUCAUUUACCUGUCUUCAUACCCCACCCCUUGUCUAGUGUUUUGUACACAUACAUGAAUAGACCUAGAUACUAUUGAAAUAUACAUGACAUUAAACAUUUUAUACCUAAA